AUGCCUCCCAAGAAGGACACCAGCGCGUCUAAGAAGGCCGCUCCUGCUACUCACUCUUCUUACCGUGAUAUGAUCAAGGAUGCCAUUAUUGGGCUCAAGGAGCGCAAUGGUAGCAGUCGCCAGGCUAUCAAGAAGUAUGUUCAGAUGAACAACAAGAUCAACUUGACUUCUCAGAGUGUCUUCGACUCUCAGUUCAACAAGGCUAUCAAGUCCGGUGUUGAGAAGAACGAGUUCACCCAGCCCAAGGGCCCCUCUGGUCCCCUGAAGCUCGCUAAGAAGGAAGCACCCGCUAAGGCUGCUGCUAAGCCCGUCGCAAAGCCGGCUGCGAAGCCCGCUGCCAAGCCCGCCGCCAAGGCUGCCCCCAAGAAGGCCGCUGCCCCUAAGAAGGCUGCUGCAAAGGCCGCCCCUACCAAGAAGACCGCUGUCAAGAAGACUGCGACCAAGCCCAAGGCCAAUUCCAGCAAGGUCCGAAAGACCCCCGCGGCCGCCCCUGCUAUUGUCGAGCAACGCACGAUUCUCGGCAAGACAAAGUCUGGUAGAAUUACCAAGACCACUGCUCCGCCGCCCGCCCCGGCGCCCAAGAAGCGCACUACUAAGAAAUAG